AUGCACGUCCCAAAGGUUAUGAGGGCGGUGAUCUGUCCUACGACUGGCCCAAUCUCCGUGCUGCAGAUUCAACAAACAGCAGUCCCCGUUCCUCAGUCCGGACAAGUUUUGAUCAAAAUCCUCGGAUUCGGCAUCAACAGGGCUGGUCAGAUCGAAUCACAAUUCCGACCUGAGUUGCAGGAGUCUAACGAGUUUCUAGAGAUGUUCACACGCCAGGGUCAUUCUCCCGGAGUCCAAUUUCCCCGAAUUAUCGGCAUCGAGUGCAUCGGAACCAUCGCCGCCCAUCACGCCCCUGCCCCCGGCACCGCCGGUCUUCCGGUCGGGACCCGCGUCGCAACCUGCAUGGGCGGUCUCGGCCGCGAAAUUCCCGGCUCUUACGCCGAGUAUGUCUGCGUGCCCGCCGAGAACGUUCGCCCAUUCCCCCAGACCAGCCUUCCGGUCGCCACCCUCGCAUCUCUGCCCGAGAUGUUCCAGACUACUUGGGGCGCCCUAGUGAAAGGGCUGGAUUUCAAACGUGGUGAGAGUCUGCUGGUCAGAGGCGCGACAAGCUCAAUUGGUAUCUGCGCAAUUCAGAUGGCGCGGUACCUGGGGGCAUCUCGCAUCGGUGGCACGACGAGAAGCGAGGCGAGGUCCAGCAUGCUCAAGGAUCACGGCGCGGAUGAAGUCUACGUUGAUAGCGGAAGCAUCGAGGCAGAUGUUUCGGCGAGCAGUGCAGGCAAGUUCGACAAGAUUCUGGAGCUUGUUGGCACAACGACUUUACGAGAUAGUGCUCGGUGCGCCGUGGAGAUGGGAACGGUGUGCAUGGCAGGUAUUCAGGGCGGCGAGUGGGAGCUGACUCAGUUCUCCCCGUUCGAGUUCCUUCCAAACCGUGUCCGGCUUUCGGUGUACGGUGGUGGGCCGGAUGAUUUUAGGGCGUGUCCGUGGGAUGAGCUUAUCUAG